AGAGCCUGCAGUGCUGUUGUCACUCUAGCUCUCACUCUUAUCUCCACCCGUUUCCUCGACGAACAAAAACCUCCGCAAUCUCGCCGAUAAGCCGCAGAAAAUCGAGGCAGCGGCCGAGAAAUGGAGGGGGCAGGGUCGCGACUGGGGCGGGCCUCGUCCCGGUACGGUACAGCUACGACCGUAUUCAGUGGCCCAGUUCGGAGGUGGAAGAAGAAGUGGGUCCACGUCUCACCAUCAUCAGCAGCAACCGUCACUUGCCACAGCUCUCAGUCCAACAGCGCCGACUCCUGCCGUCUUCUCCUCUGUAGGUGGACCCCAAUCUCUUCAAGCUCCCCUGCCGAAGACGAGAGGAGCUCCGCGGAGCCGGAGGAGCCGCCCCGACGGAAGUUCCGUUACACCCCGAUUGCCCUAAUAGAGGAACAGAAAAAGGCGAUUAGGAAACAGGCUGAUGAUGAAACUAAAACUAGUGAGCCAGCCCAAUCUACACCAACGCUAACAUCAAUGAGUGAUGAUUUAUAUGAAAAAUCCAACAGCAGUGAACUUCAAAUGGAAGCAGCACAGGUGUCAGACAAGAAUCAAUUGUCUCUGCAGGAUUCAUAUUCGUGUGAAAACUACUUGGAUUUGGGUUUGUGCCUGAAACGCCAAGAUGACAGCCACAACUUGGAUGGCCAGGACGAAAGCACUCCUGUUUGAGAGUGGUCUUAAGCGUGCGUUGGGCCAUAGUAAUAGCUUAUUUUGAGUGUAUAGGAAACCAGGUAUGCUGAAAUGAAGUAUCAUGGAGUUAAGACUUUGCAUGAUUUGGUGAAUCCUGAUGCUCAUACAGACUCAAAUUAGAAGAAUGUAGUCUUUAAUCCUGUAAUCAAGUUGUAGUCUUGGUUUCUAGCUGCUCUAAAUAUAUAUUUGCUUCUAAUUUUGUGACCAAAGGUUUUUUUUUAAUUCUACUGUAAAUCUUUGGGUGUUGGUUGCUCGGACAGUUGGACAAACAUGAAAGAAAAUGGUGUUCCCAUUUUGUGGAGUUCUGAUC